UGUGGAGAGACGGUGUCCGCCGCUAUUGUCCUCGGUGCUGUCACACAUAGCGGGAGGAAGACUGCCCUGCACCGGGGAUGCACCGCUGCCUGUGCUGUAGAGCCGGAGCACAUUGUGGCUGAGGGAUCCCAGUGCUGGGAAGUUGAGCGCACCCUGGGGAAUCAGAGGAGCUUUCUGGCCACGGAUGUCCUGCCUCACCCGGCGCCCCCACACCCGUCCGGGUGAUACCGUUUCAGGCAUCCUGUGUUCACCCAGCUCCCGGCACAUCUCUCCUGCCUCCGAAGAGGCUUCCAGGCAGAGAUGACAGCCACAGCUGCCCAUAAGUGCCUGAAGAAUGACAAGGUGGACGAAGCGCAAGCUUUGGCCAGGAGCUGUGCAGGAAGACCGGAUUUCAAGCCCUGUGAUGGACUGUCCAUCUGUGCCACCCACAGUCAUGGCAAGUGCUUCAGACUCCAUUGGUGCUGUCACUUGGGCUGGUGCCACUGCAAAUAUGUAUACCAACCAAUGACUCCUGUGGAGCAGCUUCCAAGCACAGAAAUCCCAGUGGAACCACAGGAACAAACCAACACUAUUCAGAUUUCUGUCUCGCUGGCCGAGCAGUUUCUCAAAGUGGCUUCUUCCUUCCAGCCUCCAUUCAUACCGGAAUCUCCACGCUACUGUACCAUCUCGGACCUCUUCCUUGAUAAUUAUCAGGUCAAAUGUAUUAAUGGGAAGAUGUGUUAUGUCCAACGACAACCGCCACCACCACCACCUCCUGCACCGUCCUGUAUCAGAUCACGGCCUGAGAGAGAGUUCCUUCAGGAGAUGUAUCCACCCAAAGACACCGAGGGACCAAAAAUAGAUCAUUGCUCUUCACCUUCCAAUUCUGAGGACUCUGGGAUCAAUGCAGUGGGAGUUCCAUACUUGGAAUCAUGUGAUGAAGAUACAGAGGAAGGAGCAGAACUUAGUUCAGAAGAAGAUUGCAGUCCAGAUGGUUGCUGGGGACAGGAGCCUUCACCUUUGGUAUCACCUUCCAAGACUGAUCUUGAGAUCAUAGAAACUAUAGAGACUACAGUCUGAGUUAUACAGAAGGGUAUAUGACAUCUAGUGGAUUUAGCACAUGAUGGCAGUAACCAACUGCUAAGAGACGGAGCAAUACAAUCAUAUUGCACACAUACCUACAAAUAUCAUCAAGUCACCAAGAAUGUGUGUUCAGUUUAUGGGUCAACCCUUAAUGACUUGCACCCAGGAUGAAAUGAAGCACAUGGAGAGAGGCACUGAGAAGCCUCCAGAUCGACAUCCAUGCAUAAGAACAUGUUUUAUAUUCAUUAAGGCAUAUUCAUUGGUGGUGUUAUCCAGUUGUAUAAGUGAGUUACGGCUGAAUCAACAGAUUUAUUUGCACAAUUUCAACACAUUUCCUUUUUUAUCAUGAGAUCGUAUGUUAUAGUCUUGAUAACAAGGGUUGUCUGUGAUUAAUUUCUUUUAACAGGUUAAGGAAGUAGUCACAGGAUAUAACCUGCAGUGCCGGUCACAACAUGGGGCCUUUAUCUUGGGUAUGCUGCAAUGAAUAUAAAACGAUUCUGUUUACCAGUGUUAUAUUCAGAUGUCUUUGUAAGGGAAAUUUCACUGUUAAUACAUGACGUCUCACAUUCCUUAAGUAUUAAUUGGCUAUACUGAGCAACUAUAUAGUUCAGUAGUUUUAUCCUGAGACUAAAGGACCUUUUACACAGGACCAAUCAUCAGUCGGCUGAUAAUUGGCUCGCCUAAUCACCCGAGCUCGUUUUUUGGCUGAUCACAUCUUUUAAGUUAAAACUGUUUCCAAGAGUUUAAUAGUGAUGAACAAUUCUCUGGAUAGAUCAUCAGUAUCUGAUUUGGUGGGGGUCUGACAGCCAGGGCCCCCGGUGAUACGCUGUUUUAG